AUGAUGCGUCGCAACUCAGAUAUCGAGAUUCAACUCCCCGAUGUGGGACCAACUCCCCUUUCUCCGGACUCCGCGACUGAACCUGACGUGGAAAUGACAUCCGAGGAGCCCGCACCUCCGCUGACUCUCCCGCCGCACAUCGCCGCUCGCUUCUACCGCCGAAACAGCAAGGUCCGGCGCUCCUCUGCCGCCUCGUCGCGACGUAGCUCCGUUUCAUCGCUACACUCGCAUCACUCCAACGCGUCUUCAAAUGGCUCCACGAGCGCAGAUCAUAUUGCCCAACACCUCCGGCGCACCUCCAUCCUCGAAACCCGCAAAGCCCGACUAGCCGAUCGUGCACUUCACGCCGAGAAGGUGCGGCUGCGCGCCGCCCUGGCUAAGGCAGCGACGAGAAACCUCCAUAGCGAAGAGCGCGCUUUGGCAGCGCAACAAGCUAGGGAGCGUCUACUGGCUGAUAUCGCGGCCAAGUGCGAGGACCAAGUCAAGCGAGCCAAGAAGAAGGCCGAGGAUCAGCGGGAGAAACAGGCCGCGGAGCACGCACGUCUCCGGCUUGAAAUGGCUGAGAAAUUUGCAGAGGCAGAGAAGCGACGGGUGCUUUACCAGCAAACCCAUCGGCGCCAGCGUACAAGCAGCUUGCCAGCUGCCGAGGAGAAGAAAAUGGCACGAGCAGUCACCAAGUCUCUAACCCAGGACGCUGCGGCUCGAAAGAUCCAGCGAGUCUGGAGGACGCAUCAUGCAAAGGCGGUGAUGCUAGAAUUCCGCUCAUUAAAUUUGUCAGUCAACCAAGUACGUGAAAUGCCUUUUGAGAAGGUGGGAGCACUUCUCUCCAAAAAGGCCGUGCUGGAUACUAUGACCAAGGUUCUCCGCCUAUGCGGUCUGCAGGACAUGGAAGGUGGGGCGAUGGGCGAGCGAGGCGCAGUGCGCACCUUUCUCAGCAGCUAUCUGAUCGUCACACAUCCGACUGAGGUUUUGAGCGGCGACGGAGAACAGGAGCAGGACCUAAUCACCAAGGCGCGUGAGCUUCUGGCCGCGUUUGAUCAAGUUACUGCGUUGCUUUCGUCCGGUUGUUGCUCACCAACCGUGAUAACCGCGGAUCUCCAGUCUUUGUGCGAAUCGCAUAAUGUGUUUUUCUCAGCGUUCCAUGCAUGGAAGUCUCACGACUCGACCGUUUUGAUUGAAAUCAUGCUUGCGCAAUUUGCUGAAUUGGAACUUAUUUGGCAGACAGUCAAAGAUGACGAAGCCGGUGGUGCGGCUGAUGAUUAUCGCCAAGGUAUUCGGCAGAACCAGAUCCUCCUCCUGGCCCGGCUCAAGCGGCUUGCAGGCUCGAAUAAAGCCAUGGAGAUGAUCAGACAGUCUCUCAGGAAAGCCAAGCGAGAGAAGAAACGCUCUGCUUCGAAGCAGGCUAUUCCUCGUUCUACCGAGGUAGCGGCAGCUUCCCCGACGGAUGCUCUGACCGAGAGCGUCACCUCUCACAUCAGCGAGUCCUUUAACAAUGUGGAUGCUGCUGUUCUCCAAGAGCUGGAUAAGCAGCGUGCGUCUCCACACGAACGAUUUACGAAGGUUCUUACGGCCCUCCCUGAGAAUCGUGCUUUGGUACACGAGCUUCUCCUUAACAAAGAAUACAAGAUAGAAGAGGCAUUAUACACGGAUCCUAGACGGCAAAUUAUGGAGCAUAUGUGCGAACAAAUGAGACGAGAUGUGGAAUCAGGGCAUGGCACUGAAUGGACCGUUGCCAUGGCCACUGUGAUUCAAGAUCGUUUACUACGCUCACUUCGACCCGGCAAUUCCCUUUACGUCCUUAUUAGCGAAGUUCUUGACCCGAAACUGGUCGAGAGCCAGUGCAAGGCGGGCUCAUUCUCUUAUGAGAACUUCUUCGACUUUAUGAAUAAUAUUCUCCCUCGCCUCUGCGCACCAUAUCGCGACCCCGUCGUCAAAGCAUUUGCCGAGGAUACCUCUGGCGAUGCCAUCGAUCGACUGGCGAGGUUGAUGGGCAUAAUCGACCUAUUGUCGCUGGACCACACGAAUUUUAUGAUCCAGGUAGCCGCGCCGCAACUUAUUCAGGAGGCGCCAGGCUAUGAGCAGCGAACCUUUGACAAGGGUGUUAUGGAUGGAACGAUCACACUUGGAAAGACCCGACGUUUCUGGCGCACGAACCGGAAGAUUAUUGUCGACGAAAUGAAGAAGCGAGACCCGGAGAAUAUCCAGGGAGAGCCUCGGCCGCCUGCGUCGCGAGUAUAUGCACACGGUCUUGUGGACUUGGUGCUGAGCAAUGCUAUCGUAUCUGAGGAUCUGAUUCCGGAAACGCUCGCACUUGAUCAGCAGCGACUGGAGCGCCUACAUGCGAAAGCGUUCCAGAUCGUGGCGACGGCGUCCAUCUUGCUGACAGCCAAGAAUUUGCUGAAGCGGGAUGCGCGAUCUCAGUGGAAGCCGGAGGCUGACCGGAUUCUGUCUCUGAACUUCAACGAAAUCAGCGCCGAACGUGUGCACUCGAUUCUCGAGUCGACGCAUCCUAUGCCUUCCGCUGCAAGUGCCCAGCUUGCAGCAACAAUCAGACGAGUACUUGCACCCGUCGCUACUGCAAGCUCUUCCGCCGCAUCUCAGCCUGCUGUGCAGGUUCAUACGGAUGCAUCUUCCGAGACCCUCACGGUCGAGUCUGCCUCCAACAGACCUUCUGCGCUGAGCUUCUCAGACCCGGUGGCUAAGCUCAUUCUGUCCCGUCUGCGGAGUCACGUUCUCUCCCGUCUGAGUGCGUCAAGUGCCUCCGAGCGAGUUCGGGCCACCACGACUGCAAGUCAAAGCCUUGCUGCGGCUGGCAUGCCAGAAUUUGUCAGUGAAGUCGGCAAGUUGGUCGAUGAGCUGGAGAAAGUGCGGGAGGUAGACUGGCUCUGCCACAACAGCGUGUAUGAGCGUCUGUGCGACGAAAGUGUUCCCCCACAGUGA